CGCAGGCCCGUCUCGUGAGCGGCAUGAACAGCAGUGGCAGACACCGUGGGGGAGGGAGGAAGAAAUCAUAAAAAGUCUUGUUCCAUUCCUGACGAUGACAGAAGAAGGGAGAGGGAAAGAGAAAGAGACUUGUCUUCUUGACCCUCUUAAUAGGAUUGACGGUUGUUGCUGCGGGGAAGAUCACGCGGGGGUCAGAAGGGCCGAAUUUCUGUCGUUGGAACUUGACAAAAAGACCUUCCCAACAGGUUCUCUCACCACGCAACUCCUGACUUGCAGCCAGGAUUAGAUUCGGCUGGGAAUAUUACUGGAGAAUUCUCGAUUGAAAAGCCUCAGUGAUCCUGCUAGACUGCAGUGAAAAAUGGCAGCCAGACCGCUCGGUACUCCCAGCACAGACGCCACCGUCCUCGCCGCGAUCGAGACCUCCCCCUCGUUGACCUUCCCAACGUUUACGGCCGCGACAGCCCUGGAUUUAGGCCUCGCCCUGCGGUCUCGCAUCCUGGCCUUACCUUCUUCCUCCCGCAAACCGGCCGUCAUCUCCAUCGCCCUGACAGGAUGCGAAGGCAUCCCGCAGAUCGUCUUCCAGUGCGUCACCGAGUCGGGCACAGUACCAGAUAACGAGGUCUGGGUGCGCCGCAAGCGCAACACGGUGCUUCGCUUCGGCGUCUCCAGCUGGCUGAUGCGCCAGAAGAUGGUCUCCGCCACCAACGGCUUGCUCUCCGCUACCUCACUCGAAGAUUCCUUCACCGCAAAAUUCGCCGUCGACCGCAGAGAUUACGCUAUCCAUGGUGGCGGUGUGCCUAUCCGCGUGCGGGGGGUCGACGGCGUGCUCGGCGCCAUCGUCGUCAGCGGCCUCAAACAAGAGGAUGAUCACCAGGUUGUUGUCGAGACAAUCGAGGAAUGGAUCAGGCAUGCGAAUUAAAAGGAAAAAGAAAGACAAGACGGAGGCGGGACGUUGGAAAGUGUAUAUAGAAAUCCUACGUUCUGUCCCUUCGCUUUUCUUUUUUUUCUGCACUACGGACAUACAUAUACACACACGCGUAUAU